AUGAAGACUAGUCCAGCCGCCGCAGUCUCCCUCAUUCUGGGGUUGACCCAAGUCCUCGCCAGGCCUGUAACUGACCCGAAUAUUGAUAUUCGUGACGCUGCCACCAACGCCCAGCCCGCAGCGGGCGAGUCACGACCAUCGGAGCUCGACCGCCAAUCUUUGAACAUUUUCCUUGGCGGCGAAGACGUGGAUUCCAUCAAGAACAACAAUCCCGAUCCUAAGUCCAAGAUUUACCCCAAGAAAUCGGACCGUGAUGCGCCGUACGCCAGAUCCGAGAGGGAUUUGAAGGCUAGCAUCUAUAUUCCAAAGACUUUUUCAGCUUCAUCAAAGAAGCAGCCCGUUAUUUUGGUUCCGGGCACUGCCGCCAUGGCCGGUACGACAUUUCGCGCGAAUCUCGCUCCUCUGCUGGCAAAAUCCGACUUUGCCGACCCCCUCUGGGUCAACAUCCCAGAAGCCUCGCUGGACGAUGCGCAAGAGAACUCGGAAUACGUCGCCUACGCCAUCAACUACGUUCAAGACAUGACUGGCAAGAAGCCGGCCGUCGUUGCCUGGAGCCAAGGCAACCUCAACGCGCAGUGGGCGCUAAAGUACUGGCCCAGCACGAGAGAGGCCGUGACCGAUCUUGUGUCAAUGAGCCCCGACUUUCAUGGAACCAAAGAGGCAUUCGCGGCUUGCAAGACUCCCGCCGCUGCCCUUAGCUGCACUCCUAGCGUCUAUCAGCAAAUGUAUGAAUCCCAGUUUGUAAAGACUCUUCGUGCAAACGGAGGCGACAGCGCCUAUGUCCCCACCACAUCCCUCUUCAGCGCAACGGACGAGGUUGUUCAGCCGCAAUCGGGCCCAGUCGCCUCAGCCAUUCUGAAGGAUGGCAACAGCGCCAAAGUCAGCAACAUUGAGGUCCAGAAAGCAUGUCCCGCGACGCCGGCCGGCGGGGAAGUCACCCACGAAGGCAUGCUCUACAACUCACUGGCAUUCGCUCUCCUGAAAGACGCUCUCACGAAUGACGGACCUGGGAAGCUGGAGCGCAUCGACAAAAAGGUCUGCCUCGAUCCUGCGGCCGGCAAGCUUGACAAACUUGAGAUCUCGGCCACGGAGGCUGUCUUGGCUGAUGCCGGGGCGAAUGUGCUUGCUUAUCCCAACAAGGUUAAGCGUGAGCCCGCCAUUAAGGACUACGCCAAGAACUAA